AUGUCACCGACAAAGCGCGAACGCACGGCUUCUACCUCUCCCUCCUCUGACGGCCAUAUUGACCAGCGGCCUCGGGUCGAAGAUGAAGAUGCCUCUACAGGUGAAAUGCCAUCAAAGGGUUUGAGAGCAGCCCCUGUGGACAUUGCCUCGACUUCUGGUUCCGAGCCAGACACGAAUACCGCAGCAAGGCCGUCUUCCAGCGCGCUCGUAGACCAGCGCCCUUCUCGUGCACCAGAAAGCGAGACCUUCGGAACGGACACUGAGAUGGCCCUGACGGAAGACGAUGAACCAGGUGACCACGACAAGACUGAAGAUGACCGAAGCAAUGAGGGAAACCAUGAUGGCAAUAUGGAUUUUGUCAGUUGGGGAUGGGGUGACGCUCACUUUCGUUACGAGCUAAGUCCUACCUCGCAAAUCAGCAAUGAACAAGAGUCGGAUACUUCCUUCUCCGAUACUCGCAUUUCUCUCUGGCAACAAGAGGAUCGCGUCUUCGCAGGUGCCAUCUUCCAGGAAUAUCCAGAGAAAGCAUCUCCUGUCGCCUUGAGUGCAUCACAUGGACCACUUGAGAUUCAGGGAGUUCCCCAACUCCCUUUGUUUUGUGACGGUUCCAUCAAGAACAUAAGGGGACAAGGGUGGAAGCAUGGAGGUUAUAGAGUAGCCUUCCGUGAUCCAUUCCUCCGCACAACCCCUUUUGUUUCGCAAACAGAUUCAGCGCGCUUUAUCGAGGAGCCAACCGUUCGAGAGCACCAGCAGGCCUUCACUUCUGAGCCGGAGGAAGGAGACGAGAAUCUCGUUCAAGUGACAGACUUCACCAUCCUCGAAUUCGCCACCAAAACCCUUUCUGUUCCACAUGUCGAGUUGGCCGCAAUCGCACAGUCUUUGGAGGUAGGUAUAAAGCUACUAGACGAGCAUCAGCCGGACUCUAUGAAGAUAAGUGUCUUCACAGACUCUGCACAAGCCAUUGAGCGACUCGAGUAUGGAAUCCUUCCUCUGGACAGUGACGAAGGAAGUCUCUUCCGCUGGUCCACUAACCCGCUAGUGCGAGCCAUUGUGUGGCAGUCUCACUACCUGUAUGACCACGGUUGCACGCUUGACAUCCAUUGGCACCCUCGUUGCUGCGCUUUGGGACCAGCCUUGGCUGAUGCGGCAGCCUCUUCGUGGAAGUUCUGGGAGGAAAGCUUGUUCUGCCAGGUAAACCUGCCUGCUGAAGAGAGAGAUGGGAUCUUGGAAAAGCUGCACCAGUGGACUGACGAUGUCAUCAACUGGGAACCAGAAGAGCAGCCGGAGGAGUCGCUUUCGGAAGGGGACGAAGAAGGUAACUCGUGGGAGGAAAGUGCAUGCGAAGAAGAUUAG